AUGGAUGAGAUAGUCGACAAGGUUGGAGCCAAUCACAGCAAGACCAACUUGCUGAUCUCUACUGAUAAUGACGGAUUGCUCUCUGAAUUUGGAGAUGAUGAUGCCCUGCUUUCCGUUGCAACAGAUGCUGUGGAAAUUAGCAGCAGCAGCAGCAACAAAAACAACAAAAACAUAAUUGUCCCAAUGCAUAAUCCCCGGAUAUCUGACCCAUCAUCGCUGAAAGCAUCCGAGUUGAGAGAGCAAAAGAACGAUGGUGCUGAACUUAUAGAACCACUACUAGAGGACGGGACAUCAUCGAGAGUUUCUUCCGUCAAACUGGAUUUUGAUUCCAUAGGAUUGGUUGGUCGCGACAGUCAAAUAAAUAGUCUUCGGUCUUGCUUGGAUCGCAUUUGUUGGGAUGGUGAUGAUGGUUCAACAGCAGAGAAUCAGCAUUCUUCAUCAUCAUCGUCAUCGUCGCCAAAAGACUACAAUGCCAAAUCGAAACAAGUGGUUCUGCUUUCGGGAGAAAGUGGAGCCGGAAAGACAAGUAUUUCCAAAAGCCUUGAAGAAUAUAUAUUGGAAACCAAGGUUGGAGGUUUGUUUGUGGAAGGCAAGUUUGACAUGUACACCUCUGAUGAGCCAUACUCCGGUAUUAUAAAAGCCUUUGCAGCAAUAUUUAGCAAGACUUACGAGUCGUCAGCAGAUGGCGGUGGCGGCGAGCAAGAAAUAAUUCAGCAGAAACUAUCGAAUGUGCUACAUGACGACCAAGCUCGGUUGCUAAGUCAUCUUAUUCCAGAAUUCACCAAGUUCUUCUUGCCGGAUCUAAAGUCUGCUGAUACAAGUGGUAACGGAUUUGAGCACGAUGAUGAGCUAGAGAAUGGUAUUGAACGACUGAAAUACACUUUUCGCCUGCUGAUUCGAGUAUUUUGUGAUCACUUUUUGCCCCUGGUGUUGUUCCUAGAUGAUUUGCAGUGGGCCGACGUUUCAUCAUUGCAAAUGAUCGACUACUUGAUAUCUGACACGGACAAUGAAAACCCACUCUUGAUUAUCGGAUCCUAUAGAUCCGAUGAGGCUGACGAAAACAGCCUUCUCUUCAACAAGAUCCUGGCGUUGAAAGACAAGAGUCUCAUGUACAAUUUUCAAGUGACAGAAUUAUAUAUUCCCACCUUUCAAUCAGACGACACCUUGGCAAUGAUCAUGGCCCUCAUACCAUCCACAAACGACAAGAUGGCCAGAGCGCUGGCAAAGCUAUGUGUAAAGCGAACGCUUGGCAACCCACACUUUGUAAUGGAAUUCUUGAAAAUGCUCUACCACGAGGGUCUAAUCGAGUAUAUGGAAGAAGAAAAGAUCUGGACUUGGGACAUUGCUAGAAUCGAAGAUGCGACAAUGUCAACUGCCAACGUUGUUGUUUUGCUACAAGAUCGAAUGAGGCGAAUGACAAAGCAGGCACAGGUUUUCUUGAGAAUCGCUGCACUUCUCGGGUCAACAUUUUCCAGGACAACCUUGGAACUUGUUUGGAAAACAAAGGGUGCCAUCAUGUCAAUAGGUGGAAAGGCAACCUUGCCACAACUGAUGGAAAUGGUCGAGAAGGAUAACUUCAUUGAAGCUUGUGGUCCUAAUAAAUUCAGAUGGGUGCAUGACAAGGUGCAAGAAGCGGCAUUUUUCCUUUUGGGCAAUGCCAAUAUAUAUUUUCAAUUUGAUAUUGGAACAUCACUGUAUUACACAUUGAAGCCCGACCAGCUAGAGCAAGAUUUAUUUACUGUCGUUGAUCUGAUAAACAUUGGAAAUCGGAACAAGCGGAAAGAAUUUGCUCGUGUCAAUUUGCGAGCUACCGAGAAGGCAAUGGGCCUCGGCGCAUUUCAGUCAGCAUUUUCGUACGCAGCACAUGGAAUCGGUCUUCUGGAGGGGGAUGAUUGGUUACGAGAUCGUCAGCUGAAACUGCAGCUCUAUACAAAGGGCGCUGAGGUAGCGGUGAUUUUGGGGGAUGUCGAGACUGCAGAAAGAUACAUUGAAGAAGUGUUGAAGCAAGACGGCUUCACAACAAUGGAGAUACUACCACUGAAGAUGGUAAAGGUGGAUAUUAUGUGCACUAUUCAAUUGAGGUCCAAAGAGGCAAUUGACUAUUGCCUCGCUGUAUUGAAAGACCUCGGUUACAAAGUAACAGCAAGUCGACGAUUCACUGCCAUUCAGGCAAUCUACAAUGUCUCAAAAACCGUGAACAAGCUGAAAAAGCUGCCAAAGGACUUUGAUAAGGAUCUUGGUGUCGUUACCGACAGGAAACAAAAGGGGAUCCUUGCCGUAAUUGCGAAAUUAAACGAUGCUGCUUACAAUGGGAAGGAACCCAUGCUAGCUAUUCUUUCUGACUGCAGGACUGUCGAGCUAACUCUGAAAUACGGUGUCAGCCAAUAUGCCGGCGCGAGUUUCGCAACGAUGGGAGCUGCAACAAUGCUCUUUCACCAAGAUUAUGAAGCCACACAACGUUUUAUGGAGCUUGCCCUUACCAUUCAGAAUAUCAAUGGCAGGAUUGGAAAAAGCAAGACGGCUCACAUUGCGAAUAUGUUUGGUUUCGCAUGGACCAACGGCUACAACGCUAUAGGAGAAUCGCUGGCCAAUGGAUAUAUAACGGGAAUGCAAGUAGGAGAAACAGAGCAUUCGAUGUGGGACCUUUUACAACACCGAGUUGUACUCCCAUUCUAUUUGGGGAGGCCAUUGGAUCAAAUUCUCACUGACUGCUCCAAAGUCCUUGUAAAAAUGCAAGAAGUAGCACAGAAAACACAAGAGUUUGCAUUGAGGUGUUAUUAUCAGACGAUUUUGAACCUUGCGGACCCUUCGAGUGCCCAUAUGGAAAAGCUCGAAGGCAAGAUUUUGGACCGGAGUAUACACAGAAGUGAAGAAGCAGCUUACCUAGCUUGUAUUCAUAUUGUCGAAGGAGAUUUACUUCUCUUCUUUUCGGACUUCGAGGUAGCUGCAAAGCGUGCUGUCGAAAAGGGUGAAUUGCUUGAAAAGUUAAAUCCCGCAAUGUGCAUAAUAAUGAGCGAAACGUUCCAUCGGGCUGUUGCUUUGUACGCUGCAGCUCGUCGAACGAAACAGAAAAGGUUCAAAAAUGGCGCAAACAAGCUACGAAAGAGGAUCAUUGAGUGGGAAAAGAAAGGCAAUCCGAAUUGCAUGCAUUUCGUGCCUCUUUUGGACGCCGAGUUUGCUGCACUGAACAGCAAAGUUCGGAUUGCAAAAGCCAAGUACGUCGAGGCAAUCGCCAUCGCAAAAGAACAUGGCUUCGUCCAGUAUGAAGCGCUUUUCAAUGAGAGAUAUGCGGACUAUUUAUCUGAGGACCUAUCAUUGCCUGACAAAGCGGAGCUCCAUCAAAAGGAAGCGAUCCGUGCGUACAGCGAGUGGGGCGCUCAUGCCAAGGUGGCUCAGCUGAGGAUGGGUGGCGCGUGA